AUGAAUAAGAACAACAAGCCAGCUAUCUCAUUCUUAUUCCUCUCUUUGUUACUUCUAGUCUCGGCUGUUGCAGAAACAGCCGGGGCAGAAGUGGAAUACGUCAAGGACACAAACGGACACCCAAUUCAGAGACAAACCCAAUAUUUCAUCGAACCAGCUUCACACAAAAAAGGAGGCGUUCUUGUCCCAGCUGCAAGCAUUGACUUAGAUCAUUUGUGUCCACUAAGUAUUGUCCGCACACUCCUUCUUCCUUAUCAACCAGGGCUACCUAUUACUUUCUCUACUCCAUUCUUGGACAGAGGCAAUAAUGUAUCGACAAACACCAACCUAACCAUCGCUUUCGAGUCGCCGAUCUGGCCAUGUCCUUCCUCAAAGAUAUGGAAAGUCGAUUCCUCCUCGUUGAGUUCCAAUAAUCUCUAUGUAACCACUGGUGGUAACCCUAACAGGAAAGAUAGCUUUUUUAGGAUUCAGAAAUAUGGAAAUGAACAAAACACUUACAAGCUCGUUCAUUACCAGAGUUACUCGGUUAUAAACGGUAAUAAGAGUGUUGGUGCCACCACCAGCUUUUACGGUGCACCCAUACUUGUUCUUAACGUUGAUGAUGAUGAUGAUAACAUUAAUGUCCUUCCGGUUAAGUUCCGUAAGGUUGAGACAUCCACGGAGAAUGUGUUUCAGAAAUCGAGUCUCAUGAGACUGGUGUUUAGUAAGUUGUUUUAUGGAAAUUAA